GCCGGGGCGGGGGCGCGAGGUGCCGGCCGAGCCAUGGCGUGGAGGGAGCCGGCCGUGCUCCGCUGGCUCCGAGACAGCCGCCAGUCCCGGAGACUCAUCCUGCUCAUCGUGUUCAUCGCGCUGCUGCUGGACAACAUGCUGCUCACCGUCGUGGUGCCAAUAAUUCCCAGUUACCUCUACAGCAUCAAACACCACAAAAAUGCGACUGAAACCCACACUAUUAGGCCCAAGAUAGUUUCAUCAACAUUGGACAGUUUUCAGAGUAUCUUCUCCUAUUAUGACAACUCUACAAUGGUUACUGGAAAUCAGUCUGAUAGGACAAGACCGAAAGAUUGGUAUCUUGCUCAGACAGAACAAAUGGUUUUAAAUGUGACUGAUACACCCUCAGAUUGCCCUAAGGAAGACAAGGACCUUCUAAAUGAAAAUGUUCAAGUUGGUUUAUUGUUUGCUUCUAAAGCAACUGUGCAGCUAAUCACUAACCCUUUCAUAGGGCCAAUGACAAACAGAAUAGGUUACCAGAUCCCAAUGUUUGCUGGCUUUUGCAUCAUGUUUGUGUCAACCAUUAUGUUUGCCUUCUCAGGAAGCUACACAUUACUGUUCAUAGCAAGAUCUCUCCAAGGAGUGGGAUCCUCUUGUUCUUCUGUGGCUGGCAUGGGCAUGCUGGCCAGUGUUUAUACAGAUGAUGAAGAGAGAGGCAAUGCAAUGGGGAUUGCACUGGGAGGCCUUGCUAUGGGAGUUUUAGUGGGUCCACCUUUUGGGAGUGUGAUGUAUGAGUUUGUGGGAAGGAGUGCACCUUUUCUUGUGUUGGCAGCAUUAGCUGUGUUAGAUGGAGCUAUUCAGUUAUUUGUUCUACAGCCAUCCAGAGCACAACCAGAAAGUCAGAAAGGAACACCGCUACUGACCCUCUUGAAGGAUCCAUAUAUCAUUAUUGCAGCAGGCUCAAUCUGCUUUGCAAACAUGGCCAUUGCUAUGCUGGAACCGGCACUGCCCAUCUGGAUGAUGGAGACCAUGUGUUCAAGAAAGUGGCAACUUGGCAUCGCUUUUAUUCCAGCUAGUAUCUCUUAUCUUAUUGGAACUAAUAUUUUUGGGAUACUCGCACACAAAAUGGGAAGAUGGCUUUGUGCUCUGCUUGGGAUGAUAAUCGUGGGAAUAAGCAUUUUAUGCGUACCAUUUGCCAAAAACAUAUAUGGGCUCAUUGCACCAAAUUUUGGGGUCGGGUUUGCCAUUGGAAUGGUGGAUUCUUCCAUGAUGCCAAUUAUGGGCUACCUUGUAGAUCUGCGCCAUGUUUCAGUCUAUGGCAGCGUGUAUGCAAUAGCUGAUGUUGCCUUUUGCAUGGGGUUUGCAUUAGGUCCCUCUGCUGGCGGUGCCAUUGCCAAGGCCAUCGGUUUCCCAUGGCUCAUGACAAUUAUAGGGAUUGUGGAUAUUCUCUUUGCUCCUUUGUGUUUCUUCCUUCGAAGUCCUCCUGCCAAGGAAGAAAAAAUGGCAAUACUCAUGGAUCACAACUGUCCAGUUAAAACAAAAAUGUACACUCAGAACAACAUCCAGUCCUAUCCCAUAGGUGGUGACGAUGAAGAGUCUGAAAGUGAUGAAUGAUACCCAGAGCCAUACCCAGUAUUUUGGUGUUCAAAAAGCAGUGUUUCAUGUGAAACAUUUCAUCCAGAAAUAUGUUUUAGUUUUACUGUACUUUUAAUGGUGAAAUAGUCAAGAAACCAAAGGUAUAUUAUUAAUUUCUGAUGGCUAUAAAGCAGACUGCUGCCUUAUGAAGAGGGAAAAUAAAAAGCUUUUAUAGGGGUUUGUAUAAACAGUGUUAAACUUCAUGUAUUUAAUUUUAUUAAAUAUUAUACAGUAUAUUUUUGAUUAAAUGUGUAGUAUAAAUCUAUAUAAAUAUAGUUUUUUUAAAGUUCACUUGUGGACACUUUCACACAAAACUUCAUAUUAUGCUUAGAGUCAUUGGUGGGGCAAAGUCAAGUCAGUAAAACUCAAUUUAUUCCACAGAUUGGAAAAAAAAAAA